AUGUGCAAGCGAGGCUGCGCAUGCGCCCCCGGGUUUGUUCGUGACCUGAAGCGAGGAGGGCAGUGCGUGGAGAAGUUCGCCUGUCAGCCGCCCACUGCUGAAAUCGUCGAAAUCGAAACCGCUUUCGCCGACCCCGAGCCAAAGUGCGCCGCCAAUGAGGUCUUCCUCACCUGUGGCACCGCCUGCCCGGCCACCUGUCCCUUCCGUGACACCAAGACUGGCCUCCUCAAUGACGGCGUCCCCAAGGCCUGCGUUCACAUGUGCAAGAUCGGCUGCGCAUGCGCCCACGGCUUUGUCCGCGAUCUGAAGCGCAACAACCAGUGCGUCGAGAAAAGCCUCUGCUCGUCGCCCUAG